AUGCUCGACGAUCCUUUCGGCCCCGAAUGGAAGAAUAAAGAGUUCAACAAGAAACUUCAUCUUUCUGGAAGCUUGUUCACAGCUCUGGACGGAGCUACAGUAGUCUGCUGUGCAAGCCCGCAUGACGCCUGUCUAAGAUUGAGCUUGAGGGAUUUGGAGAUGGAGCCUGGCAGCGUCGAGAAAGAGGUGAUUAAGGAGUUGGACUUUCAUGUGGCGCUGGGGCUAUAUAACAACACGGCAACUAGCGGUUACCCGACGCAAAUUCCAUCAGAAUGGUAUAACCUUUCGAUCAGAAUUGCCGAAAGUACCUCUGAAGAAUCUGGUAAAGGAGGAUCGCAGCCAGAGCCCCAAAGCUUUAGGCAAAGACUCACCAAGAGAACUAGGGCCACACGCACACUCAUUCGAGAGUCCCUCAAACUGAUCCUCAAACCGAAACCCGAGCUCAUGAGCAUGGCGCAAUCACCGUCAGGUCUUGGAUUAUGUCAGAUGAUCAGACUGCAACAGAUGAGUCCCACAACAGCAAACGACCGUGUGCUUUACGGGUUCAUCCAGGACCGAGAAAUCCACCGCUUGUUUGGCUUAUACGCACCAGUGCUUCAACAGUCAGGAAAUGAUAGGUGUAGUCGGGUGCCUCACAUACCUCGGCUGCUUCAUACCCUCCCUACUGAUUUUACUCUGCGUCAAUUGCUUCAGCGAGAUGUUGCGUACCCAGGGGUAGUCUUACUUGGAUUCCCAGGCAAAUUACAGCUAGCUGUACUUGUUGCCAUCAACGUUCUGCACCUUUACAACACCCCUUGGCUGUCGAAAACCAUCACGCUUGACGACGUCAAGUUCCGACUAGGAAAUGACGCAUCCGCCACGUUAUCUUCACGUUAUUCCUCGUUGCCCGAGUUCGGACCAUAUUUCCCGUAUAGACCUUUCAUCUCCAAGGUCCUGCCUUCCUCUAGCCCGCCUAUCAUGCUCGAACCAAGCGACCUGACGGGAACACGGCCACGCGAGAUGACCGCGUCGUCAUUUGGUCUUAUUCUGAUCCAAAUCAUGCUCGGAAGGGUUAUAGAUGAACUCGGCGUCAACGCAGAGCAAAACGCCAGCAUGAUGACCUUCCAAGAGUGUGAGGCAAAGUGCAGCACCGGAAGGAGGUAUGAAGGUGAGGUCCUCCAGGAAGCCGGGCCAGAAUGCGCUUCCGCGGUAAUGUGGUGUCUUCGGAGCUUCGUCAACAUCGGUGGCUUGCAUAACGAGAAAUUUUGUCAAGAAUUCUGUGAUGAGGUGAUUUUCAAGUUGCAGGAGGCUUUGGAUCAGUCCAAGUGGUUGAACCAUACGGAGGAGGGAGGUGAUUACGAGAGACGAUGA